AUGACGAACGCACAAAGUGCGAUGAGGCCCCGCACCAUCCUCAACCCUCGCGGGGUUCAGCACCUGUCUUGGGAUCGCCGUGCGCUGGGAAAAGCGGUGCUACGUAUGCAGGCUCAUUACAUUCGAUCCACGAUUCAGACCGAAAUCAAGGACUUCGCGGACAGCUUCGAAGCGAUUCUGCAAACGACGAACAUCUUCUUAGUUAUGACUGAAAAGAUCUCACAAUCGCCGUCGUUGGUGCUUGUUGACCCAGAAGCCAUAACCGAGAAUGUUUGCCGCUUUCUCGCCUCCUCGAACGCCGUCCUGGAGUUUCUGGCGUUUCAGCAACACAGCACAGGCCUCGCGUCUGGAGGUGAUCCAUCCUUGGAGCACCAAGUUAAGAAAGCUCAGGAACUGGUCAUGGAGCUGCUCAACACUCUUAUCCUCCACAACAGGGCGGAAACCUACCCGGGCAAAGAGAAUGGUUGUAUCUACGAUGAGGAUAUCAAGGCGUUCGGCGGCCGUAUUCUCCACAAAAAUAGCGACGCUGAACCGGACGAAGCUCCCGAUCCGCAUCUUCAGGACGAUUUGAGCAAGCUCGGUGAAUACUGGCACACCGAGGAGCCGUUCAACCCCUUGACCCAUAUGCCGGGCACGCACUGGCACAAGUUCUUCGGCAACCUCGUUCUAGUUUGGGGACGCCCGAUGUUGUUUCGCAAACGCGAGAGAGGAGAUUACAUCAAGGUCUAUCUUCCGGACACCAUUACCUGGCUGCAGCCAGAAGUUAUGAACGAUUAUAACAAAUAUCGUGACAUGUUUGAGACCUACCGCCGGCUCCCUCGUCCACGCCUAUAUCAGUUUAUCAGAGACACCAAAGUCCGGAGGGUCCAACGCCGUUUGUCGCACUUCUUCAAGGGUUGGAAAGAGUCGGAGGACCUGUGUCUCCUAAGUCCCGAAGAUCUAAGUGACAUCCAUUCCGCGGAAUUCGACGUGCUGGGUGUUACAAGGCUGGAGGCGUUGAAUGCUGAGAUCAACGCGCCAGAGUUAGCGGGAACUGCUUUGUCAGGAGACGAAAUUCUCCCCAUGCCGGAAUUCAUAGAGGGUGAGCUCCGUUACUACUGGUUUCAGACGGAGGAUCGUUGGUGGUGA